CAGGAAGUGGCGUCUGAUGGCGUGAGGAAAUGUAGUUUUUUCACACAAGCGAACAGAUUACAAAGCACCACUUCAGUGUUGUCCUGAGACUACAUUUCCCAUGAUUCACUGCGUGACCUGCGCGCUCGCUGAUUCGCUGUGAUACAUUAAAACCAACACGCUUGUUGUCAACUGUCACCUGUCAAUGGCUCUCGUAAAACACAAACUAGAAGGCUAUCAAGCGAUCACCGUGAAAGAAACACCGAACCGUACAAAUGCAAUGCAAUGCUUGAAGCAUGAAGGUGGAAAUACAUAAUACAAAUACAAAUAAAUGUGCACAAACUCACCGGCGGUGUGUGUCUCUUACGGCAACGUGACCGUGAAUUACCGCGACGCCGACCCUUUAUAUGCACAUCCACACCCCUUUCCCGAUUGACAGUGGAUUAACCCUUUCGGACAAGAUCGUAGAUGAAGCACAAUUUAAACACACUUAACCUAGCGAACGCAACAACAACUAUGAUCGGGGAUUGCCACGAGUUAGCUUUUGGCUAACGUCGCUAGCUUCUACGGUUCAUUCCACAACAGUUGUCAGCUCUGCUUUGACAAAGUCAUCAGUCAUCUAUCCAAAAAUCACACUUACUUUUUGGCAAAUCCUUGAUCAUAAGCAGACCGGUUAAGGAAGCAGGCAUCUUCGAAGUGUUUGUAGCAGAGAACACUACUCGAUGGUGGCGUGAAAUUCAUUCGCUUCGUGCGAACGAAAGAUGUCCAUUUACGUGCCCUGCUAUCCUUUGGCCACUCAUACAACUUUUCGUUUGAGUGAGAACAAAACAUCGCCACACACCGCUGUGGCAUCUAACCGAGAAGCAAUGCAACAAACAAUACUGUUCUAUGGCGGACUUCCCUCGCACUUCUCAGUGUGACGAAAUUUCCGAAGAUUGCCGAAGAAAAGCAUUUUCGUUGUCAAGGGCGUUGCUAUGGGUUAAACGAAGAAUCUGAAAGGGUUGCGUUUAAAAAAAAAAAAAAAAUUACGAAAAUAUGCCUAUAAUUGUUUAGCCAUUGAUAUUAUUCAAAAACAUGGUUGGCCAACCUUAGUUCACAUUUCUGCUUUAAAUGAAUAAAUUCAAACAAUAACAAAAUGAUAUAUAAAAAAAUACAUAUAUAAAAAAUAAAUAUAAUAAUAAACAUUAAAAAAAAAAAAAAAACUGUUCAAAAGCCUCUCUUGGAUGGAUUGGGCAUCUGUUGCCAUCAAUGUCAGCCAAUGAGCAAAAAAUACACUACUGAUUGUGUAGUUCCACUCCCGGCUGAUAGGUGUCACAUUACCAUGAUGGCUGCCAGAAUGACGGAUUCAGAAAUUCAGAAGAAGUAGUAUCUUAGCAACACAUUCAAUCCACUCCACUUACCAUGUACAGUUGGACACAGAAGCGUAAUGGAGGAAAUUGCACACAAUGAUCUAACUAUAAAAAAUGGGCAGACUUUAUGUUUAAGGACUCUGUUGCAUGUAAAAUGUCUUGGGACCAAAUUCGGAAAUCAGGUUAGCAGACUUCCUUUGUACGCUGCAUAACUCCGGGUUGAUGACAUGAUUGUAUAAAGAUUACCUCACUAAAAUGUUGCUCUAUAUGGCUAGAGUAUUCAUUAAUUUAUACAAAUGCAAUAUUAUUUAAGUAAACGACAAUUAAGGCUAAAUAUUGGAUAUUGUUAUUUUAGGAGGCUGUGUAGUGAUUCUGUUUAAAAUGUGACAUUGUUGUACAUAAAUAAUUAAAAGCGUAGGGUUCAAUUAAUCGGGAUUUCAAUUUUUUUUUUCUUUAAACCUCAUAUAAUCGUGCACACACAUCGCUCGUGCAAAGUCGCCCAAAGGUGGACCAUGACCAUGUCAUUGAAUAGUAAGUUAAAGAAAUUUCAAGAAGGUUUUCUUUUUUAAAUUUAAUAUUUACAAAGUUUCCACAUGAGUGUGAUAAUCUACACGUUUACCAUUUAAUCGUGCGCACAAAGACCGAGAAAGGUGUUUGUUGGAAUGGGGUGGGGGAGAAGAGUGAGAGGGGUAUUUUGUUGGAAGUCCACCUCCGAUAUCCAAUGCCGCCUUGAGGGGAAACUCCCAGUCUGGUUACAUUAUACACCCCGUGCCCCUUACACAAACACACGGGGCCCUUUCACUGGCUGCUUUGUGCAUUGUGGUGCCCUGCAGCUAGGCUUGUUAAAAACACGUCUACUAGCUUAGCUGUGUUAGCUGGGUAGCGGGUCAUUAAAACCACAACAAGGCACUGCGGUGCCCCCAAGGUCAUCUUUUAAUGCAGUUCUUUCUCUAAGACCCUCACUGUCCAACAAGAUCUCAAAUCGACAAAUAAUUUUCCAUUCCGCACCAAAAUGCUUAAUCAUUUAUUCAGAGUGCGAAAAAAAAUUUCAAAUUUAUGAUGCUGUCAUUGACAAUUGAUGCAAUCGGCAGCGUGUCAUACAAAUUGAAGCUUGCGCUCAAAAAUUCUUUAAUGCGUCACAAAAAGCAAAUGACACGUGCUGACAUCAUCUUCCCAAAUAUCCUUUAUAUGGGGGUAAAAGAAAAGCCUGGCAGCUCACCAGGUUUAUAAGAGACUGGGUGAAACCCUGUAUUUACCAUGAUUUCUAGAGUAUUAAAAAAAGUCUCAAAGCAGUGGCAUACAGGCAAAAUUAACACAUUGACGAAGAUGGACGUCAAAUUCAUCUUGACUGGUCAAAAUGACAGCUAAUCAGUUAAAAAGAAACCUUAAAAAAAUUUCUGCAUAUUCGAAUUAAAUAAGCGCACCUGUUUAUCUUAAUCUCAUGUUUCAUUUAUUAUAAAGCCUGCAAGCGUCCCACAAUGCAACGCAUCACACACGAGAGCAACUUGAUCGUUUCCUCAUUCUUACGUGAUGCGGCCAACAAAUAGAGCUGAUGUAAUGCUGAGGCUUUCACUUGCAAGGUGUGUUGCUGCAGCCCAUAAAAAGCUCGUUUUUAUGUUUUAUAUACUACAGUACAAAGGAGAAUCAGCAUCGCCCUGCCUGGGACAAAUGUCCGUGUUACCACCAUGGAUGCAGAGCUGGAGUUUGCCAUCCAGCCUAGCACGACGGGCAAGCAGCUCUUUGACCAGGUGGUGAAGACCGUGGGUCUGCGGGAGGUGUGGUUCUUUGGUCUGCAGUAUAUUGACAGCAAAGGCUACAUUACGUGGCUCAAGCUCAACAAAAAGGUGACUCAGCAGGAUGUGAAAAAGGAGAACCCCCUGCAGUUCAAGUUCAGGGCAAAGUUCUUUCCAGAGGACGUCUCGGAGGAACUCAUCCAGGAGAUCACGCAGAGGCUCUUCUUCCUACAGGUAAAGGAAGCCAUCUUGAAUGAUGAGAAUUACUGCCCCCCUGAGACCGCCGUGCUGUUGGCCUCCUAUGCCGUUCAGACCAAGUUUGGCGACCACAACCAGGAUGUGCACAAAACCGGCUACCUGGCCGCUGACCGCCUGCUGCCACAGAGGGUUCUGGAGCAACACAAGUUGACAAAGGAGCAGUGGGAAGACCGGAUACAAACAUGGCAUGAGGAACACAGGAGCAUGCUCAGGGAGGACGCCAUGUUGGAGUACCUGAAGAUCGCUCAGGACUUGGAGAUGUACGGCGUCAACUACUUUGAGAUCAAGAACAAAAAGGGCACCGAGCUGUGGCUGGGCGUCGAUGCCCUCGGGCUCAACAUCUAUGAGCAUGAAGACAAGUUGUCACCAAAGAUAGGCUUCCCAUGGAGUGAGAUCCGAAACAUCUCCUUCAACGACAAGAAGUUUGUCAUCAAGCCCAUCGACAAGAAAGCACCGGACUUUGUGUUCUAUGCGCCGCGCCUGCGCAUCAACAAGCGCAUCCUGGCACUCUGCAUGGGCAACCAUGAGCUGUACAUGCGGCGCCGGAAGCCUGACACCAUUGAGGUGCAGCAGAUGAAGGCGCAGGCCCGUGAGGAAAAACAUCACAAGCAGAUGGAGAGAGCGCAGUUGGAAUCAGAAAAGAAGAAACGCGAGCUGGCCGAAAAGGAGAAGCAACGCAUGGAGCGCGAAAAGGACGAGCUGAUGGAGCGUUUGCGCAACAUCGAGGAGCAGACGCAGCGGGCGCAGAAAGAGUUGGAGGAGCAGACGCGCAAGGCUGUGGAGCUGGAGCAGGAGAGGAUGCGGGCCAAGGAAGAGGCGCAACGUCUAGACAAGGAGCGGCAGGCCGCCGAGCAGGCCAAAGCCGCGCUCGCCCAGCAGGCCGCCGACCAGAUGAAGACGCAGGAACAGCUGGCUGCCGAAUUAGCCGAGUUCACCGCCAAAAUCUCUCUCCUGGAAGAGGCCAAGAGGAAAAAAGAGGAAGACGCCAAUGAAUGGCAGCACAAAGCCCUGUCGGCGCAGGAAGACCUGGAGAGGACGCGAGAGGAGCUGCGGGCAGCUAUGAUGUCGCCGGCCGCUGCGUCACCUCUCGAGCAGGACGAGCACGAUGAGAGCAACGGGGAGGCCAGCGCGGAGCUGCUCAGCGAUGGUGUCAGCAGCCAGCGUAGCGAAGAGAACCGGCUCACGGAGGCGCACAAGAACCAGCGUGUCAAGAAGCAGCUGCAGGCUCUAAGCUCGGAGCUAGCGGAGGCCCGCGACGACAGCAAGAACACGGCCAACGACGUCCUGCACGCCGAGAACGUGCGAGCGGGCCGCGACAAGUACAAAACACUGCGCCAGAUCCGGCAGGGCAACACCAAGCAACGCGUCGACGAGUUCGAAUCCAUGUGAGGGCGACAAAACGCAAAAUGGUGCAAGCGCAGACUCUGGCUUGCACAUCGCCAAACAUCCGCCAAUCCCUCAAAAUGAGUCUUUUGGACAGCCCGCAAAAUGGCCGACUCGCGCAGAUGACUCCGAAGCUUUAAUAUCGCUCGCUCACUUUUAUUUCCGACACUUUGUUUAGAAUUCGCUUGUGUAUGACUUUUGUUUCCUGUUCUUGUGGCUCAUCAGCUGACCAGUAAAUACACGCAAACCAAA